UGAAGCAUGUUUACGGACAAGGUGUACAAACUGUCCUCCACAGCCAGGGUUGAGCAGAUGGAAAAGGAGCUAUCUGUCCAACUCGCAGCGCUUAGGUCAGAGAUUGAGCAAAGUGGAAUUCCGCUGUCUGGAGCACCUUCGACAUCUUUCAGUUCAGUGCCAGUUCCAAAAGAUGUCUCCUACUUCCGCAGAGAGAGAGAGCAGCUCCUGAAGAGGUGCCUUCAGGUGUCCCUGGGCCUGCCGGCAUGUUCCCAGGCUGAGGUUAUGCAGAGGGAGCUGGAGAGCUGUCUCAGCCUGGAGUACACACCUGAGAGCCUGCCUCUACUCCUGCACCAGUUUUAUGUAGACCGAUCCUAUCAACUGGCCCAGAUGAAGUACAUUCUCAUGCUAAGGUGGAGGAGGUUCAGUCGGCAUUCUCACGUCAUUGAGAAGCUGUAUCCUACAUAUAAGACGCAGGUGUUGUACCUGGUGAGAGAGUAUGAGGACGCAGUCCAGCGGGCACACAGACUGGCAGCCUCCAGGGAGAUGCUACUCUCAGGCAGAGGCAGCCCCAUCACUGUGGUCACCAGGGAGGAUGUCAACGUUUACCUCAGCUGGCUCGUGUGCCAUCUCCACUCGCUCAAAACCAUCCACAGCUUCCUGAGAGUUUUAUACCAUCUCCCAGCAUGUGACAGGAGGGAAAGAGAGAAGAGGACGACAGGACAGGAGUGUCCAGACCUGGUUAAUAACGUUCCCUUUCACACGUUUAAACUGGAGGAGUUUCGCCUUGAGCUCCAGUCUCUGAUUUCAUAUUUCAAACUGCCCUACGACACACUCAACAUCAAAACCCCUGUAGAUGAGAUGGAGCUCUUCAGCAUGGUGUCGAGGGAGUUCAGGUCUCUCUUCAAGAAUCAAGAGGAGAUGAAGACCUUUCUGGUGUACGGUGGCACUGAUGCCACGGAGAGCCAGUGGGGAAGGAUGAGGGCAAGCAUGGCGCUCAUGAAGGAAGCCAACUGGAUCUCCUUCAUCCAGUUGAAGCCCAGACGAGAUCCAUGGCAACAAAAGCUUGUCACAAAGCUGAAGGAGCUUAAGUCUGUAGAUGAAUUACUCUGGAUGCACAGCAAGUUCCUUCAGGUGUCUGAUCAGCAGUGUCUGACUGAUGCCCUGAAGGACCAUGCUGCCCUGGUCUCAAACCCUCAACCCCUGACCCCACAGCCCAGUAGAGAACCAUACCUCUCCCAGAUCUGGACCAGCAUCUACAACGCCGCACAUCUCCUACAGGACUCCAGUGUGAAAGACAGGGGUCUACUAAGAUAUGGACUCAAUGGGGGACAGGACCAGAGCAGCACUAAGAGCAGGCCGUCUGCAGUGAAGAAAGCAACUGAAAGCUACAACUACAUGGACAGCAGGCAGCUGUUGGGGCUGGAGGAGAUCCAGGAGGAAUCCAGCUCCGACCCCGUUCUGACCCGGGGGGCAUACUUGUCCCUCCUCUUUCUCCGCCACCUAAAGAUCAGGGAGCUGCAGCGUGUGUGCCUGGGCCUGCUGAACUACCUACGCUCCGUGGAGAGGACCCUGACGUUUGACACAGCUGGCCUGCGCGUGGAGGGAGGUGGCCUGUCUGCCAGUGCGGAGGAGACAGGCUGGAUGAACGCUGUCAGAGGAGGGGAUGGGUUACCAGGUGGCCUGGACUCUCUGCACUACUGCUACAACACCCCUGUUGACUACAAGGUCCACUGCUCGGAAUUCAUGGAGUUCCCAGAGGUGGAGAACCUUAAUGACUUCUACUGCUCUGAGGAGAGGUUUCUUCACACCCAGGACCAGAGAGGUCUUUACGUGGUUUACGACGUGGCCCUGCGGGACCUGGAGGAGCUGGGGGACACGCUGCUGCUGCUGGGCUCCUUCUACAUCCAGCGCAGCAGGCGAGAGCCAGGUGGCAGAUCGGAGGAGUCGUAUGUCUCUGGAGCAGACUCCUCCUCUCAGGCUGAAAUGGACAUCGACCGCGUGGCUGUCCUUCUAGACCUGUGGACGUGUGAAGCUGAUUUUUUGGAGAGCAAAGUACAGGUAUUGAACUGCUACUUUGAGGCCUACCAGCAUGCUGCAGGAUCAGAGCAGAGGUUUGCUUUGGCCCAGGUCAUCACAGACAUCAUGCACAGAAAGCCUCAUUUGGACCUGGGUUCAGAGUACUUUGUACAAGCAUACAGAGAUGAGAUACUCUGCCUUGAAACCCACAGGCAACUCAUCAAAACUAUUUUGGACUGCCAGAUUGAUGAAGAGCGUCAGUACCUUCAUCGUGUUUGGAGAGAGGGUCAGAGAGGCACUGUGGAUGAAUACGGCCUUCCGCAGAACUAUGUCCCCAAAUAUCUGGUCUCUCUGGGUGGCGACAAUCCUGCGCUGAUGAGUGUGUUCUUGCUGGAGGUCCACCCCUCCCUCUGUCUGGCCGCUGACGUGUACCAGGGUCUGACCCUGGCCCAUGCGGAGCUCUGCCAUCUCCACAGCCCCAGGGGCGUUGCAGACAGAGUAGCCCUGGAACAGAGACUCCUGCAGCAGGCACUACAGAACUGGGAGUCCCUGGCUUCUCCCGGGGCCUCCUACAGCUUUCAGACUCAAAAGGAUUUGUUUUCAGACGUGUUUUUCGAGGAUCCCGCCCUGGUGCGAGGCCUGGGCUCAUCUCUCCUCAGGGCUGCUGAGGAGAAGGAUGUUCUCCAGGGGAAGGAGAAGCAGUUCCACGCUGUGGAGAUCCUCUCAAAGCUGCUGGAGCUGGUCACCCUGCGACAUCGACUGAUGGAGUCUGUCUCAGAAACAGAACAUCUGGCACAACUGUAUAAGAAGCUGGCUGUGGAGCUGGGAUUUGAUGAGUUCCACCUGUUCAUUCGGCCAGUGCAGUUUGAGUUUGCUGUCCAGAGAGACAGAGCAGAGCAGAGGCCUGUGUUUCUCACCAGUCUGCUGCAGGACAGCACCUCUCUGGACAGGUACACUCCAUCCUGCCUGCCACUGGGAAUCCAGGAGCUGGAUGAGAACCAGAUAGGCCGGUUCAGUUUCAGCUCAGAGGAGGCAGUUAUAAAUCUGAUGAACAGGUCAGGUAUAGAGAACCUUCAGGUGACCUUGGCCUGUCAGGUGACGCAGAAGAAUGCCCUGAUUGCUGCUGUGAAGCAGGCAUGUCUCUGCUAUUGGGCAGAGAUGUUUACAAGUUCACCUCAGGGGAGCCCUAGUCCUUGUGAUGUUGUCAGGCCCUCAGAUAUGCUGGAUCCUGAGGUAAAAAAAAAAGACCCCAACUGCUCAUUAGAGAAGGUUGACAUUUCCUCGCCAGCAGGACCGAAGGCAACAACCCAAGGGUCAGCCAGGGAAAGGCUUGCUCAGGCCUUUGUUUCCAUCCAGCUGGAGAAGGUGGGACUGCGAGACCUGAUGCUGAACUCUUUCCUCAAGAGGGAGCAGGUGACUGGAGGCCUGAUGAAGAACCCUGAGGAAAUGGCCAAGGCUAAGAGAAGGUUGAUUCUUGAGUUCUGUCAAAUGUUCAGUAACCGCAUGUCUGAGUGUUGUGUGAGAGGGCAGAUAAUCGCCAGGUACCAUAGCCUAACCUCCCUAUUGGAUGACCUACCUGUCAUUCGCCAGUCCUACUUCAUGAUUGGGCGAGCCCAUGAGGUAAAAAGCAAGUUGGACUCAGGGCAUGGCCUAUGUCCUGACCCGAGGUCGUUCCGCCCACGACCCCGCAGCCUGUUAUCGGCGGAUGGUAGAACUCUGCUCAACCUGUGGUUCAUCCCCCACUACACUGAAGCUCUCCAGAUGUUCAGGACCCUAAAUGACUCUGAGUGCAGCCAGGCUCUUCAUCACACUCUGGAGAUAGCGUCCGCUCUUCAUGACAUCCUCUACUACCUGGUCAGCUUUGCCCGGCUGGGGAACCCAGGAGAUCUAUCCAGCUGGAGGAGAGGACAGAAUCCAGAACCUCAGCUGACUGCUGACUGGGGAGGAGCUGAAGGCAUCAGGGCGGAGCUGUGGGGGCUGAAGAGGCAGGUGGACCGUCUCUCGGAGCCCGCCAGCCCCGAGGCCGUGGGUCGCCUGUUGCAGCUGCGCCGCCAGGUGCUCCUCCUGCAGUACGACACGGCGGUCAGACACCUCAUCAGGGAAGCCUUCCUCUCCUCUGGUGACAUGGCAUCUUAUCAGAGUGUGUCAGACAACAUGAGUCACGCCCUUCCUGCGUUGAGUGACAGUUUGAAAACCAAUCAGCUCACCUCCCUCUUGCUUUUGCCUCAACCCCUGGAUCCUCACUGCCCUAAGGCUCAGAGAAUGUUUCCAUGGAGAUGUUUUCUGACUGUCCAUGGUUUGCACCCUGUGGCAAUCUGGGAUGUCCCACCCAUUGAGUACUGCAUGCAGCUCUGUCUGAGCGGGCUGAACGAGCGUCGGAGGCGGGAGGCCAACGCCGCCCUCCUGGGCGUGUCUCUCCUCAUGGAGGAUGUCCUAAACAGCGGCGGGGAGGCUGCGCUACUUCAUCUCCACGACGACAACCCCCGGGGGAAGUCCGUGGAUGCGGACAGCUGUCCGGACCAUGAUGGAGGAGGUGAGGGGAGAGCUGGUGGCAGCCCUCAGGGGCCCAUCCAGGUCGCGUCCAGGCUGAAGGGCUUCCUGCUGCUGGCCAAACAGCUGGAGAGGUUCAAGGAGAGCUGGGGCCGGAGACAUCUGGGAGUCCAGCAGAUCAAUACGGUGAAACUCUACAGAGAGUUCUCAAGGCUUUACAGAGCUGAGAUACAAUACCCCAGCAUGAGAGCUUUAGCCCAACAAAUGGGCAAAGAGAAGGACUACGAGGCCUUGGUCUCUGAGAACCAGCCUCUGCUGCCCCCUGCUGGAGCCUCUGAGAUUGACGUGAAAACAUGGCAGUUGCUCAGACUCCUGGAGAGCACAGAGUGUGAAAUGAUCCGAGAGGUGCAGCGGAGGAUUGCCAAGGAGCUGAACCUGGUGAUGUCAGAACGAGCCCGCCAAGACACAGGCCUGCCCACAGAGUUGUGGAAGAGAGCCUGCAUGAAGCACAGCCUGGCCCCGGAGAGGCCUCAGAUGGUGGAGAACUUCUUCCAGCUCCUGAUGGAGGAGGUGGACGAGCUACCUGAGGGACAGCUGAAGGUCUCCCAGGCUCACCUGCAGCAAUGCCUCGGUGCUCUGGGAUGUUCUGUCGUGGAGAGAGAACGGAGCAACUUCCACCUCUACUCCCAGUUCUACGAGCAAAUCCUGCAACACGAGACCCAGCUACUUUACCAGAGAGAACAAGAUGUGAAGAACCUUGAACAGUCUGAGACUUUGACAAGGAACCCUUGCAAUGAGUUUCUGUGUGGAGGGAUGAUGCUGGAGCUGUCCACCCUACGGGCCCAGAACGCCCAGCUGGAGCAGCAGUACCAGAGCCUGGAACAGCAGCUCAGCCUCAAGUACAAACAGCGCUACGACUCCCUGGUCCGCCAGCUGUUCUCCGCCUGCAUACAAAUGAAGGCUGGGCUCGAUGAGUAUCAUGUGAAGAUGGACCAGGAAGUGAGUGAGCUUGUGAGCAGGGUGAGGAACGAGGGUGUGCAGAGCAUCGUGAAGCUGAAGAGGAAGUAUGGUUCCACCAGAGAUGACCAUGCUCUGGCUCUGACCCAGUCCAAGAAGCAGGAGGUCCAUGAGCUGAGCCUGGAGAACAGCCAGCUGAGGGGCCUGCUGAACCAGCUGAAGGCCCUGGGUCGCUGGAGGACGGUGGUCAGCCAGGGGAAACUACAUACUCAGCUUCAGCAAAGCCAGCAGAGGGAGAUUUCUUGCCGUACAGAGGCCUUGAAGGUACAGAUGAUGUCGGAGGAGGAGGUGCUCGUUCUGAAGGAGGAGCUGGAGGCCAUGAAGAAGGCCAUAGCACAGUGUCAGACGGAGAUCAGCCACACCAGGAGAAUGCUGGCCAAACAGAGUGAGGCCCUCCAGGCGGUGAGGCACCGCUCAGCGGAGGAGGCGCGGGGCCGGCAGGAGCUGGACGGUUACCGGCAGCAGAGCAUGGAGCAGCUGAGAGGGGAGGUGCUGGACCGGGAGGAGCAGCUCCGGGCUCUCAGCCUGCAGCUUGACAGGGGCUGCCGCGAGGGCCAGCUCUACAGGCAACGCAGCGCCAAGGAUAUCCAACAGGUGAGAAGCCAGCUUCAAGUGGAGCGAAGCCUCAAACAGGAAGCUUUCCAGCAGGUUGACAAGCUGCAGACUCAUAUUUGUGACUUUGAGACAGCCCUGUCCAGGUGCUCUGCUACAUCAGGGCAAAGCAAGAAGUCUUCCUACACCGUGGCCCUGAGCCAAUCGAGCCUCCGAAAUGUGUCAGCAGGGCACUCCAGGGCCAGGCAGCAGCCCAGCCUUCCCUGCAGGCUCCCUCAGGGUGACUCUCAGGGUGUCCCCGACUAUGAGCCUAGUCACCUGCAGGGCGGCGCUGGAUCCCCAGAUAUGCCGCUUCAAAGAGCCAAAUCUGGCCCGUCUCGUCUGCGAGUCCUCACGUCGGAGGCGCUGCUACCGGACCUCUCUGAGGGAGAUGGCCCCUCACGUCACUUCGCACCACCUCCGCGGCUCAGAACCAGCCGACCGUGA